AGGCGGGAUAUCCGCAUGUAGGAUGAUAUGUGUGUGGAGGUUGAUCUAAAGGGAAAACAUUCAGUGGGAGUGAUAGGCUAGCUAUUUCAUUUCUUAUUGACCGAUUACAGUUCAUAUUCGUACGAAUUGAAAUAGCUAGCUAUAGCCAUGCCUGGAAUAGAUAAAUUACCGAUCGAGGAGACAUUCGAGGACAGUCCGCAGACGCGCUCCCUGCUCGGUGUGUUCGAGGAGGAUGCGGCUGCAAUAUCCAACUACUCCCAGAAGCUCUUCCAGGCCAUGAACAGAAUCUACGAUGCACAAAAUGAGUUGAGUGCUGCCACCCAUCUCACCUCCAAACUCCUGAAGGAGUAUGAGAAACAGCGCUUCCCUCUUUGCAGCGACGACGAGGUCAUGAGCUCCACCCUGCAGCAUUUUGCCAAAGUCAUAGACGAGUUGAGUUCCUGUCAUGCAGUCCUCUCCACUCAGCUGGCUGACGCCAUGAUGUUCCCUAUCACCCAGUUUAAGGAGAGGGACUUAAGAGAGAUACUGACUCUGAAGGAAGUGUUCCAGAUUGCCAGUGAUGAUCAUGACAUGGCCAUCAACCGAUACAGCCGUCUCUCUAAAAGGAGGGACAACGAGAAGGUGAAGGGCGAGGUGAUGGAGGAUGUGUAUACCUCCAGGAAGAAGCAGCACCAGACCAUGAUGCACUACUUCACAGCCCUCAACACUCUGCAGUACAAGAAGAAGAUUGCCAUUCUGGAGCCGCUGCUGGGGUAUAUGCAGGCACAGAUCAACUUUUUCAAGCUGGGAUCAGAGAACCUCACCCAGCAGUGGGAAGAUUUCCUCACCAACAUAGGAACCAGCGUUCAGAAUGUCCGCAGGGAGAUGGAUGGUGAGGUAGAUGUAAUGCAACAGACCAUCCAGGACUUGGAGCAGGCCAGUGACCUCCUCUACAUGCCAGACCCCGACCCUAGCCAGGUUCCUGUCAACCGCAACCUCACACGCAAGGCCGGCUACCUCUACAGACGAAAUAAAACAGGCCUAGUGUCUUCCUCCUGGGAGCGGCAGUACUUCUUCACCCAGGGAGGGAACCUGAUGGGCCAGGCACGAGGGCAUGUAGCUGGGGGUCUGGUCAUGGACAUCGAUAAUUGCUCUGUCAUGGCCGUGGACUGUGAGGACCGACGCUUCUGCUUCCAGAUCACAUCCUUUGACGGCAAGAAGGUGGUCAUAUUGCAGGCAGAUAGCAGAAAGGACUGUGAAGAGUGGAUUGCAACUAUAAACAACAUCUCAAAGAGGAUAUAUCUGAGUGAGAACCCAGAGGAAAUUGCAGCCAGAGUGAACCAAUCAGCUCUUGAGGCUGUGACACCGUCUCCCUCCUUCCAGCAGAGGCAUGAGAGUAUGCGGCCGACCACACAAGGGCGGUCCCGGGCAGUGCGGACCAGCAGUGUGAGCUCAGUGGGCUCUGAGACGGCCUCACCGGCCCUCUCUGUCCUCUCAUUGGACGCCCUGGUGGCUCCUGACACGCCCAUCCAGUUUGACAUCAUCUCUCCAGUCAGCGAGGAGUACGCAGGCCAGGCCAAGGCUGCGGGACAGGGCAGAAGGACCAACCCGUUUGGUGAAUCAGGAGACACUCCACCUGAGGAGAGUGAAGACUCCAUCCUGCACCAGCUGUUCAUUGUGCGUUUCCUGGGUUCUAUGGAGGUGAAGAAUGCAGACAGCUCUGACGUCAUCUAUGAGACCAUGAGACAGAUCCUAGCAGCCAGGGCCAUACAUAACAUCUUCAGGAUGACUGAGUCUCACCUGCUGGUCACCUGCGACUGCCUCAAGCUCAUCGAUCCUCAGACACAAGUCACACGGCUGAGGUUCCCUCUUUCCAGUGUGGUGGUGUGUUCGUCCCACCAGGAGAACAAGCGUCUGUUUGGAUUCGUCCUGCAGACUGCAGAAGGCAGGGUGGAUGGACGACCUGUCACUGUCUGCUAUAUCUUUGAGUCCAACAAUGAUGGGGAGAAGAUAUGUGACAGUGUUGGGCUGGCCAAACAGAUCGCUUUCCACUCAGAGAUGGAUCGCAAAGCUACAGAGAAGAAGGAGGAGCAGGACAAGGCCAAGGAGAAACAGCAGGAGGAGCUGAGUAAACAGAAACAGAUUGAAAAGGACCUGGAGGAACAGAGCCGUUUAAUCGCAGCCUCCAGUCGCCCCACCCCCCCUGCUCCUAACGCUGAUGGGCAGUUCCUGGUGCUGAGCAAAAGCCAAUCAGAGGACAGUGAUGCAGGACCGGAGGGGCGGGAGAAGGGAGAAUCGGAGGCCUAAAAGAAUGGAAGGGAAAGAGCUUUCAUCAGAUACUACUUUGGACCAUCAAACUACCGGAAAUCGAUCAUCUUCAAUGGAAGGAGACGACAUGAGAAGACUUUGAGCAAUUGUUUGUGAUUUUUGGUCCAUAGGGCAGGCACAAUUGGCCCAGCGUCUUCUGGAUUAGGGGUAGGCCGUUACUGUAAAUAAGAAUUUGUUCUUAAUUGACUUGCCUAGUUAAAUAAAUGUUAAAAAGUCACCUAUGUUUGAGCCAAUGUUCUUUUCUGAACAGACAACUGAACAAGCUUGGCGAUGUCUUACUACAAAGUACUAUCCGGUGACAAAUCGCAGUUAGAGCGGGAGUUGGUUCCUUGGCUCCUCAACCCUGGGCCUCGGCUUAGCCUCUAUGGGUUUUUCUCUGGCUCCUGCAUUGUUUUACAGAGGAGUUGGACUGCAAAUAGACUUUAUAACAUUAAACAAAGAUGGAUUAAGACCCCACUAAACUUAACAAAAGAAGAGGAGAAAUAAAUGUGUGUGAAUGACUGAACACUCAAAGAAUCCUUCCGGAUCUUUCUCAUCCUCCAUAUGUAAAUCAUGUAUUAUAUACUGGUACUUGUAUUCAGAGGAAAUGUAGAAGGAGAUGAUUAAUGCUUUUAAGCUUUUAUUUUAUUUUUUAUAAUCAGGGUGACUCUGAAUACCAUUGGCAUACUAGAAAACAUAGAGAUUAUAGAGUGUAUUAAUUUGUUGGGGGAGGGAAGACAUUGCACAUGUUAAUACUGUAAUGACAUGUAUAAAAUACUUGUUUAUGUCAACCAUAUACAUGUUGUCUUCCAUUUAGCUAACACGCUUGCAUGUGCUUUGGAUCCCAUCAUUCAAGAUGAAUUGCCACGCUUGUUUUUCUUCUAUAAUGAAUAUUUACCCUUUUCAAUUAACCGUUUGAGUGUGUUUGGUUUCAAGAUGAGAAUUUAGAUCUCUAAUCAUUUAACCCCAAACACCAAUAAUGGUUUCUCGUUCAAUGGAUCAGACUACUUGCCAUAGCCCAACAGACCUUGUGCCUGAGGUGUAAUGUAUUCAUCUCAUUGGUUGGAACAAAGAACAGCACUAUAAUACAAAGUUCCAAAUCAGGGCAUUGACAAUUAAAAGGAAAAAUGGGAUCUAUGAACUGUUUGUUUUUCCCCAUUAUGUGUGUUAAUCCAUUUUAUGUUUCGAAAUGGUUUGUGUUUUUCUCAGAUUUCUGUAUAAAGAAAUGCACUACAUACAGUAUGUAUGCUAUUGAACAGUUCGUCUGAAAUGUUCCUCACCCUUAACCCAUUGCUAUGUAAGUUUGUGCUGAGCUCUGACUAAGUUUAUCACUUAUCAACUCAUAGUGAACACAUGUUGCAGUGACAUGAUGCAGGAAAAACUAUCAUAUCAACAAAGUGGAAUUGAUUUGACAUAUUACUGAUAAUGAAAGUUGAGUCUACUUUAUUAUCAUUUUGGGGGAAGGUGAUUAAAGGAGUAGUUAGGAACUGUUACUGAGAUGUUAAUAGGGGGGACUGCACUUUAAUUAUUGAUGCAGGGUGAAAAAGGAUCAUGUUUACUCUAUAUACUUCAGUGAUUACUGUUGCAGUCUUAAAUAGCUUUUCAACAAUAAAGGUACACUAAUU